GCAGUAGGAAAUAAACAGACUGAGUGGUCCUACAUUUCUGUCCUGGUUGGUCACUGAACAGUUAAGGAAGUUUCUAGCAAAGUCCUAGAAUUGGGCUGGCUUGUGAUCAGAUUCUGGUCUAUUUUUAGGCUGUGGUAAAUGGGACAGUUAUUCCAGGGAUUGGGGAAAAGCAAGUCACAUUUAAAGUUGUGGAGAGGAGAUAUAUGCCUAAGAGGGGAGAGGAGAGUGUGUCAUAUAUCGCCACAGUAAAGGCCACUUCAACCACAUCAUUUCUGUGUCCAUCUCCUCCAUCCCAAGCAAAUAAGGGUUCGGGCGGCCCCAGGAUGAGACGAACCGAGGGAGGGCGACCAGAGCCUGUCCUCCACCCGUCUGCCACUCCGGGCUGCAUUUUCCCCACCGGAAAAAAAGAGCGGGCAGCCGACCUCGUCCCGGAGCCGGGCCCGCCGGCGGCGAAGGAGUGCCGGCCACCGGGGGAGGAAGGCGAGCCCGCAGCCCCGCGGCCGCUCCGUUUGUUACGCGCCCUCAACUUCACAGAGUGCGGCCGCUCAGGGGGCGCAGCGCGGGGAGGAGCUGGGGCGGGAAAGCCGCGCCGCCGCCCGCGGUCUCCCGGCCAGCCGCCCGCGUUCUUCCGGCCAGCAGCCCGCGGCGGGGGAGGGGCAGCCGCCACCCGCGUUCUCCCGGCACCGGCCGCCGGCGGAAGGGCCGCGCGGCGCGGAAGCGCGGCCGCAGCUGAGGAUCAGCUGCUGGAGGAGGCGGAGAAGGAGAGGGAGGAGCCUAGGGGGGGAAAGGGAGGGAGGGGACCCUCUGGAAGCCGCGAACGCCACCGAGUGUCUGCACACCUCGCUCCGUCUGCCAUGGCUGGUUAA